GACCCAGGGAAAGUUCAACUCCCCAGACUGGACAAGAGUACAGCAGACCAGUGACCCAAACAGGUGAAGAAGAUCGGCAAGCAUGGCGUGGAGACAUGGAUUGUCUGGGGUGGUCCUGACUGCUCUGCUGGCAGCCAUUUUGCUGCCUGCGUUCCUGUGUGCUGGGCCUAUUGGGCAGAAGAACAAAGGUCACAGCAUUAAGGAGAGGGCAGAAGCAGCAGCCAACCACAGGAGACUGAUCCGAAACCGCCGUAACAUCAGCUGGUACAACCAACACUCGGACUUCUGGGCCUGGUACAAGUACUUCACCGACAAUGGCAACCAGGAGGCAGUUCAGGAGCUGGAUCGCAUUUACCUGGCUUAUCUACAGAACAAGAACCGUGCUGAGGGACAGCGUUCCUACAAGGCAUACCUGCGCCACCUGGGGGAGAUCUACAAGUCCUGCGCCGACUCAGAUGACCCCAACUGCGUGUCCGCCUACACCGCCAGACCCAAAGCCAAACCUGAGCCGCCCAAGAUCCCUAUAGCCGCUCCAAUCAAGACCUGUGACCCCACCAAAGACCCGUACUGCCUGUACAUGGCUCUGGUACAGGGGAAGAGCCCGUACAUGCCCCUGGUGAUGCCUGUGGCAACCGCAGCACCUGUUAAAGCACCUGCACCCAUGUAUGUGCGGGCUGCCUCAUCUAAGGACCCUGAGUCAGGCUACUAUUACUACGCUCCCUCCGCUGUGCCUUUUCUGUCCAAGGAGCAGAAGGCAGAGCUCCUGAGGAUCUGUUCUUCUGAGGAUGUGGAGUGUCUACAGUACCACCUGAGAGCGGCUUUUGGCUACAGUCCAGCUGCCGGGUCCCUACCUUCCUAUGCCCACCUCGGCUGUGACCCAAAGAAGGAUCCCAGCUGCAAGGCCAAACUGGUGCAGAAGGCCCCCUCUGGACUGUACCUUCAGUACCCCAACUGUGAUCCACUCAGGGACCCCUACUGCGCAUACGCCGCCUCACUCGUGGCUCCUCGUGCACCCAACCCUCCCGCCCCCGCAGGCCCUGGCUCCUGCAACCCCCUGUACGAAGAAGGGUGCAACCCACUGACCGCCACUCGCUUCGCCUCUCCUCCUGACUACAAGCGUGGCGAGAGUGAUGAGGCUGCCGCCAUCCGAGCCGCCCCGCCCUCUGCCUCCACACACGAGCAGUAUGACCCCUACGCCAUGUACCGGGACCAAUACACCAACCGCAAUCACAUCCCCGACCCUUACGCCAUGUACCGCCAGCCGGCCACACCUGCUCCUCGCCAGGCCACCUCCGACCCAUAUGCCAUGAUCCGACGCCUCAUGUCCCAAGCCCAGCUCAAUGAUCCCUACGCCCCGCGCAUGGAAGCUGCUGCCCCCUCUUCCAACCCCAACGAUCCCUUUGCCGUCAUUCGCGAAGCUGCGGCGGCCAUGCAUCGCCAACGGCAACACCAGCCCACUCAGCAGUAUCCAUUUGCCAAACACGAGGAGCCACCACAAGCACAGCGCCAUCCACUGGGACCCCCCGGUAAGACAAAGGAAGGUUAUGAUUGCUACAUGGGCUACGAUCCAGAGUGCAUCCCACUGAAGCCCAACCAGCCACGUUUCGGGGGUGCAAGACACGGACACGCCGCAGAGCCGAGAGUGGCCGAUGAGAACCAGCAAAGGUAUCUCGAGCCGGCUAAUCCCGACUGCGAUCCGGAAUAUGACCGUGAUUGCCGUCUCCGCCGUUACGAGCCAGAGCAGGCCGAACCGCAACAGGAGCGCCAUGAAGAGGAACCGCACCACAAUAUUCCAGAAAGAGAGCUACAUCCAGAACCCCAUCACCCCGUCCAACCAGAGCAGGAGCAGUAUGAAACGGAGCCGUACCAGAGCGGCCAAGAUGAACCGCACUCGCCGUACCCAGCAAUAUCCCAGAAUGUGCCCACGCUGCAAGACAUUCUGCGUCGUUACGGAGACCAGUAUCACGACCAGGAGGAGCACAGGGCUUAUCCAGAUGACUACCGCAAGAAGUAAACAAAAAUAAGUGGUAACGUUUUAUAAUAACUACACCUUAAUUAGACUGAAAAAAGCAUGAAGAAAGACUUAAUUCAUAAUGACCAAAUGGUUUAUUAAGAAUGAUUCAGGCUUAGU